AAAAAAGAUCAGAAAACAGACACCAUGUCGAGACACCUACCUCCUUGUUCACAAAUGGCUGCAUUAAUGGUGCUGAUAGGCAUGAUACUGAGAGGAGUUACGUCGAAGGCGUUCCCAGAGGGCAGGAUUAGUAUACGGAGGGCAAUAGACGACUUAAAAAGUAUAGAAGAACCUUGGCGAAUCGUUUGUUCCAAGAAUUCCUUUGCCGACAAUCAGAAGCUUUCUGUGGAUAGAGAUGAUGUUCGAUGUAGCGAUCUUAACUUGGCCAUAUUACCUCAAGUUAUUCAUGACUUAGAAGUAUCUCAAAGAUACGUUCAUUUCCUGGAAGGAACAGACUACGAUUUCGGAGAGAAUUGUGCUCAUUUCCAGACGUCAAAUCAACCAACAGGCUCAUUAACAAAUCGUGUAGGCGACCUAAUCCACCAUCUUAAUGAGACGAUGGGACAUUGUUCUUUCAACAACAGAGUUUCUACAGGCAUUAGUUGUGACGUCAUCAAUGACGGCCAGGAUGUUGAGUUUCCCCGGCGUGUAGAGACCAGCUUACGACAUACCAGAAACUUUUUCACAUCGACUUAGAUUACAUAAUGUAUAUGGUUGCUUUGUGGAUUCGGCGGAAAGUCUGUAAAAUGUCAUUUUUUAUAACUUUGAUAACAUUUCAUAAGAAAAACGUUGUAGAAUAUAUUACUUAAAAUAUUCUUUUCCAUAAAUCUCUAAGAUAUUGGAGAAGGGCGUAAUUUAUAUAUAUAUAUAUAUAUAUAUAUAUAUCUAAAUGUUUUUAAUUCUGGUAAUGUGCUAAAUCUGUU